AUGGGUCGACAGAAGGAGCUGGUGGCCCGCUGCGGGGAGAUGCUGCACAUCCGCUACCGGCUGCUCCGCCAGGCGCUGGCCGAGUGCCUGGGGACCCUCAUCCUCGUGAUGUUUGGCUGUGGCUCCGUGGCCCAGGUUGUGCUCAGCCGGGGCACCCAUGGUGGCUUCCUCACCAUCAACCUGGCUUUCGGCUUUGCUGUCACUCUGGCCAUCCUGGUCGCUGGUCAGGUCUCCGGAGCCCAUCUGAACCCUGCUGUGACCUUUGCCAUGUGCUUUCUGGCACGUGAGCCAUGGAUCAAAUUGCCCAUCUACGCCUUGGCUCAGACUCUGGGAGCCUUCCUGGGUGCUGGGAUCGUUUUUGGGCUGUAUUAUGAUGCAAUCUGGGCCUUCGCCAACAAUGAGCUUAUAGUCACCGGCCCCAAUGGCACAGCUGGCAUCUUUGCCACCUAUCCCUCCGGACACUUGGACAUGGUCAACGGCUUCUUUGACCAGGACCGGCCGCCACUGGUGGUGGGUGCCCAUCGUGUCUCCUCUGCUGGGCUCCAUCGCGGGCGUCUUGGUGUACCAGCUCAUGAUUGGUUGCCACCUGGAGCCGCCCCCACCCUCCACCGAGGAAGAGAACGUGAAGCUGGCCCAAGUGAAGCACAAGGAGUAGAUCUGAGUGGGCAGGGGACACCCCCCCUCCGGCAACCUCCCGGAACAUCCACUGACUUUGCAGGGGCUGCUCCCUAGAAGCCCCUCACGAGCCCUCUCCCAGGCUAAGAAGCUCUUUGUCUACACCCCACCCCAGUGGACAGCCUCCUCUCAGGAUUUCCCACUGGAUUCCGCCCACAUAGGAUCUUAGGCCACUGCCCUUAAGCUGGUGGGACAGGGAGUAGGGUCACCCUAUUCCUUUGUCUCCCAGAGGCUGAGGAUGGGCGACUGGUGUGUGAGUGUGUGUGCACAGGCAUGUGUGUGGGUUCCUGGAUCUUCAGGACAAGGGAUCAAGCUGGGUGGGGGAGGCGAGAGGGUGGAGGGGGU